AUGGGAGAUUCAGUAAAGGGUGACGUUGCUACGAAUUUGAAGCAGAUGAGAAUCUCCGCACGAGAACAACAAAACAUCCAAAAUCAGUUGCUUUUGCAGAAAACAAUCACGGAUUACUCCUCAGACAACUUUGGGUAUCUGCCAAAUUUUGAUUUCGUGCUGCCAGUUAGGACGUGGGUGGAAAUUAAAGACUUGAAUUCUCAUGUUGACUCCAACGUUUGGAUUCGUGGCAGAGUGCAUGAAGUGAGAGGAAAGGGUGCGCUAUGUUUCCUUAUUUUGAGGCAACAGAAUGAGCUUUUGCAGUGUGUAGUUGAUAGCAAGAGUGAGGGCAACUCCAAGGAUAUGGUUAAGUGGGCGGCAUCGCUACCCGGAGAGUCUAUUGUUGAUGUGUUUGGCAAGGUUGUGGUUCCGAACGCUCCCAUUUUGUCAACUACUGCAUCAUGUGAAUUGCUGGUUUCCAAGGUUGUUUGCAUUAGCAAGGCGAUAUCUACAUUACCAUUCCUCAUUAGAGAUGCCAACAAUACCGAUAAUGAGGAGGCUCUGCAAAACCCAAGUGUGAUUAGGGUUAACCAGGAUACGAGACUUGACAAUCGGGCUCUCGACCUUCGCUCCUUUAUGAAUUCGGUGAUAUUCAAGAUUCAGUCUCAAGUUUGUCAAUUGUUUAAAAGCUUUCUAACGUCGCAUGGGUUUAUUGAAAUCCAUACCCCAAAAUUGCUUGGAGGAUCAAGUGAAGGUGGAGCUAGUGUGUUCAAGCUCAAGUAUUUCGAUAGUGAUGCAUGUUUGGCUCAAUCUCCUCAAUUGUACAAACAAAUGGCAAUAUGUGGUGAUUUGAAUCGCGUAUUUGAAAUUGGCCCAGUGUUCCGUGCUGAAAAUAGCAAUACACAUCGACACUUGUGUGAAUAUGUUGGAAUGGAUUUGGAGAUGGCCUUCAAGGACACAUACAUGGAGGUUGUAGAUCUCGUUGAUUCUCUGCUAAAGAACAUUUUUGGAGGUUUACAGGAAACAUGCAAAAAGGAACUUGAAUUUUUCCAAAAGAACAAUCCAUCCAUUAAGCCCUUUACAUGGUUGGAAUCAACUCCAAAAUUCACCUUUAGGGAGGCUGUGGAUAUUUUGAGAACUAGCGAUGUGGCCUCUGAGAUUCCACAGGAUAUUUCUGAUUACGAUUUUUCUACGGAGCACGAAAAGUUGCUGGGUAAACUUGUGAAGGAAAAGUUCAAUACAGAUUACUAUAUUGUUUACGAAUAUCCACUAAAUGCCAGGCCAUUUUACACGAUGCCUUUUGAAAGGGAUGGACUCAAGCUCUCAAACAGCUAUGACUUUUUCAUGCGCGGAGAGGAAAUUCUUUCUGGAGCCCAAAGAAUUCACGAUUCUAAUGCGUUGGAGCAGCGUGCAAGGGAUUGUGGAAUUGAUGUAAAAACCAUUCAAUCGUAUGUCGACGUAUUCAAGUAUGGUGCUCCUCCACAUGCUGGUGUUGGUAUUGGCUUGGAACGUGUGGUUAUGUUGUUUUUGGGACUUGGUAAUAUAAGAAAGACUUCAAUGUUCCCUAGGGAUCCGAAGCGUUUGACCCCUUGA